AUUUUUAUUAACAAGUUACAUGAUUGAAGAGGGUAAAAAAAGGAAUUUAAACAAGGUGGAUGGAUCUUGCUUGGGAAAUGAUGGAAGAAGGCAAAAGGAGGGAGGAAGAGGAAUCAAAGGCGUAACCCCGCAACCGAAGCAGAAAGCAGAGGCAGGUAGGUCACCGCAUGCUCUUUAACACCAUCCCCCUGCACCCUCCCGCACCGGAUCAUCCCUCCUCCCAACCAUGAACGACUUCGAUGGCCUCUUCACCUCCGAUUUCGGCCUCAAGCCACAGGGCAAGUCCGCGCCAAUGGCUCCCAAGCAAUCCUCCAACGCCGCCUCGGUGCCUCUCAACUUCGAUUUCGGAUCGCGAUCCUCCGCUUCUCGCCGCGACGCCAAGCCCUUCGACGAUCUCCUCGCCGGUGCCGGAUCCGACAACCGCCGCGUUGGUUCCGCCUUCGAUUUGGACUCCAUGUACGGCGGACCGCCCGCCAGGUCCGCCAAUUCGCCGCCGCCGCCAGUCUACGACAAGCCGGUGUACGACGACGACAUUUUUGACGGCGUGCCGGGGCUGAAGACCACGUCGUCCAAGGUUAAAUUCGACGAUUUUUUCGCUGCCACGUCCGAAGGUGGAGGCGGUGCCGCCGCGUUUGACGAUCUUCUCGGCGGGUUUGGGAACGAACCGAAGAGUUCGGGUGGGAAGAGAUCGGAGAAGGAUGGGAAGGGUGUUUCUGACUUUGAUGAUUUGCUUGCUGGAUUCGGAAACAGUAGUGGCAGGCACACUCCUGAUAUUGGGUUGUCCUCAGAACCAACUGCCAGUGCAUCUAAAACAACCUCCACUGUGGCAGAAGACCCUUUCAAAGUAUUUGAAUCAGCUUCAGCUCCAGUGGAUUCACCUGCAGGCCACUUUAUGGACCCGUUGGAUGAAAUUAGUAAAUUUGGUAGUUCUAGAAGCACAAAAAAUGAUAGUUCUUCAACUUCAAAUGGCAAAGUAUAUGAAGAUAUCGAUCCUUUUGAUGGUCUUGGAAAAUCUGUACCAGCUUUCUCAUCAGAGGGAAAUAGCAGGAAGGGUAGCAGUUCCCCAAGGUUGAAUAGAGGCCCAAGUUCGACUGGAGAUAAAGAACCAGUUGAUAAAGUAUCUGGGAGGAGUCCUGAGAGGCACACUCAAAACAAGAUUCCUGUUGACAAUGAUCAGGAAUUUCCACAGGCUCCAUUUCACAUGCCUACCUAUUCAUCCGAUUCUGAUAAACCAGUUAAUCAAAGGUCUAUGUCCCCUCCAUAUAACAAUGAUUUUAGACAAGCUAAUAUUCAAGCAGAUAUGUCUCCAAAAUAUGAAGAUAACUUGGAAUCAAGCGAGGAUAUAUGGCUGACAGUAUCAGAGAUUCCUCUUUUUACACAACCAACUACUGCUCCACCACCCUCUCGACCCCCUCCUCCACGGCCUGUGCAUAUUCCCAAGUCAGAAACAAGUUCAUCAGCUUCUACCAAUGCUAGAAAGAAGGCUAAUGAUUUUUCUCCAUUUCCUGGUUCCACCCGAUUCUCUCAUGCUCCCAAGUCUGCUCCAGCUGCUGGAAGGGUAUCCCCUUCAUCUCAGUUUGAUGAACUAGAUGAUUUUGCCAUGGGCAGAAGUCGUGAUAAUGAUAAUGAAAGCGGAGAUGGUCUUCCCGAUGAAGAAUUAGAGAUGAACUCUGCUGCUGCAGCUAUGAAAGAGGCAAUGGAUAGAGCUGAAGCUAAGUUCAGACAUGCAAAAGAAGUUAGGGAGAGAGAGUAUUCAAAGGCUGCUAGAAGCAAAGAAGCUGUGCAUAUGGAAAAAGAUGAGAGAACUGUGCUAGAGGAGAGAGAAAAACAGGAAAGGUUAGACCGUGAACGGCAGCAAAAGGAGAGGGAUGAAAAGGAGCAAAGAAGACUUAUGAAAGAAAGAGAGGAGAAAGAAAGAGAACAACAGAGAAUGGAGAGGGAAAAGGCAAGGCAGGCUGUUGAAAGAGCUACUAGAGAAGCACGCGAAAGAGCAGCUGCUGAUGCACGCCAAAGAGCUGAGAGGGCUGCUGUCGAUAAAGCUAAUGCUGAAGCUCGAGGACGUGCUGAAAGGGCUGCAGUGCAAAGGGCACAAGCUGAAGCCCGAGAAAGGGCUGCUGCAGAGGCGAAAGAAAGAGCUGAAAAGGCUGCUGCUGAGGCAAAGGAAAGGGAAGCAAGGGAAAGAGCUACAUCUGCAAGGGCAGAAGCAGAAGCACGAGUUAAAGCUGAACGUGCUGCUGUAGAAAGGGCUGCAGCUGAGGCCCGAGAAAGGGCUGCAGCUGAGGCCCGAGAACGGGCUGCAGCUGCUUCAAGGAUGAACCAACAAAAGAAUGAAAAUGAUCUGGAAUCCUUCUUUGGCAUGGGCCCACGAGCUAACAGUGUUCCAAGGCCUCCUAGGGCUAACUCUACUGACUCUGUAUUUGAGUCCCAAUUUCAGUCAGAUGUAACAAGGAAAUCUACAAGUGCAUCUACAAAUAUGAAGAAAGCAUCAUCAUCCACUAAUAUUGUUGAUGAUCUUUCCUCAAUUUUUGGAGCUGCUCCAUCAUCUGGAGAGUUUCAGGAAGUUGAAGGGGAAAGUGAAGAAAGGCGACGAGCUAGAUUGGAGCGCCACCAGAGGGCUCAGGAGCGUGCUCAAAAAGCAUUGGCUGAGAAGAAUCAACGGGACUUGCAAACUCAAAGAGAACAAGCUGAGAGAAAUAGGAUUGGUGAAACACUGGAUUUUGAAAUUAAGCGCUGGGCUGCAGGAAAAGAGGGGAAUUUACGAGCUUUGCUUUCCACCUUGCAAUAUGUGUUGUGGCCUGAAUGUGGUUGGCAGCCAGUUUCUUUGACUGAUUUGAUCACAGCUGCGUCUGUUAAAAAAGCCUACAGGAAAGCUACGCUGUGUAUCCAUCCUGAUAAAGUGCAGCAGAAGGGUGCCAAUCUACAGCAGAAAUAUGUUGCAGAGAAGGUGUUUGAUCUACUCAAGGAAGCCUGGAAUAAAUUCAAUUCGGAGGAGCUUUUCUAGUCUAGUCUUUUGAUAAUUGACCCACUUCAAGGUAAUUUGUUCAACGAUUCUGUUCAGAGGGGACCACGCUCAACCUCCCUAAUUGCAUAUUUGUUUUGAUUGAAGUUAUAAUGCAUCGAUGGUGAAAUACCACUUCCUUGUUUGGCGUCUCUCAAGUCUUGGGUCCGGUCGUUGGGUUUCUACAAAUGUUUUAUUAAUGUAGCAUGUUUUGUUCAUGUAAAAUAUCUUUUUGAGCUAUCAAUUUCAUUAUUCAUUAUCCCUGCCUAGUGAGGGCCCAUGAGUGAUCCUUUUUUUUAGGGUUCAAGAGAGGAUCCACCCCAAAGUGGGUCCCGGGAAGCCCUCCUUUUUAUACUUGUGCUAUAGUACGAUGAUGUCUUGAAUACAUAUACCAUGGAUUGACACCAAAAGCUGCAAUUUAUACAUGGAUCUUCGCACAAGCUUCUGCAUUUUAUACAUUUUAAAUUGUUUGUCAUCAGCGGAGUUCGGUUGAGCUUGUUCAACUAUUUUGUUUGAUGCUGUGACAACAAAGUCUUUAGUCAACUCAUGAAAAAUUUCUGUACGUUUUUCAUUUGUUCUGGAUAAACUCUGUAUAUUCAACUUUAUUUCUAUGUACAUAUUGCGAGUGGUGUAAAUAAGGCUGUCAAAUUAAGCUAUUAAAGUUUCGAUUUA